AGUUCAGAAGAAAGAUAAAAGUGAUAAGCACAACAAAGCGACAGAGAUCAACAACAGUUACGCGAAGAAAACUGUUUGUAACAACGAAGUAACGCAGCAGUGACACUGACAGACGCUGCCGCGCUGCACACGAAGCUUGCGAAAACCCAAAUGCGCUGAGAGAAGGGGGCGGGCAUAACGGUGAGUGGUGAGGCAAAAUGAAAUAUGUGACAACAGUUGGCAGUGGCUGGUUGAUGCAGGAGUUGUAACUGCAAGCUGCGUAUGUGCAAUAAAGAAAUAGGAGACAGACGCGUUUAGCGUGUUUAUUUGUGGCUUUAAAGAUAAUUACGGUUUUAGCGAUUUAGCUGAGACUGUUGCAAGCGGAUGCAGUUGCAAUGUGAAUGGGCUGUAAGUGGUAAAUAAAGCAGUCAGCAGACUGAAUGACAGAGCUUUGGUAAUCACUUGCCGCUGGCAGUUGUGGUUGACGCGGCAGCACGUUGCGUCGUGAUUUAAGCAAGCAAGAAAAAUGCAAAAAAUGGAAAAGAUAUUCAAAAAAAAAAGUAAAAAAGCGCAAGCAAACAGAGAAACAGCUUGUUAUAGAAUAGCGCGUACCGCGUACGUGCGCUUGCGCAUUGGAAGUAGAAAGUCAUUAGACGAUUGUAGUCUGUCGCUCAGCGUUAGGAUGUGAUUGUCACAAUUUUCACGAAGUCUGUAUGCAUGCAGAUGUGUGAAAGUGCGCAGAACACUAGCGGCUUGUAAUUUCUCCAAGACAGUUUCACGCAACACGAAAUGUUUAAAUGAAAAUUUAGCAAACAUUUUCAAACAGCAGAAAUAUCAAAAUUUGCUUGCCAAAAAAUUCGAAAAUUAUGUUAGCUCAUACACACAUACAUAUGCGCUUAAGCGCGCUGGUAUGCAGACCAGAUAGCAAUGAUUCCAAUGCCAUGCGGGCCAAUUGCACCUGUACUCUAAUACGUACACGGAAUGGGCGGAACGUCAUCGUUGAUACACUCACCGCCUGGGAUGGAGAACGUCUAACGGAUGCCCUUCUAAACUUACAUGGGCUCAAGCCACAGGAUAUACAUGUUGUUGUUUGUACACAUGGUCAUUCCGAUCAUAACGGCUGUAACUAUCUCUUUCGUGCAGCGCAAUGGCAUUUUAUGGGCGCCUGUGUCUCGAAUCGUGACAAGUAUUUAGAUUGUCCAUUAACUCGUGGUGAUUCGGAACCUUUUCAAUUGUGUGGGGAUGAUGUGGUUGUAGUACGCACACCAGGCCAUACACUCAAUUGUGUGUCGGUAUUGGUGCGAGGCACUAAUCUGGGGGAAGUUGUAGGAGUUUGUGGUGAUUUAUUCGAACGUGUUGAAGACAUUGCGGAUCCAACUAUUUGGCUGGAAGCAGGUAGUGAAAAUGCGGAAUCUCAGCGAAUACAACGUUUGCGAAUGAUCGAGUUGUGCAAUUAUAUAAUACCAGGUCAUGGUCAGGGUUUUGCUGUAACAGAACAUAUGCGGGGACUACUGCGACAACAAGUGAAUUUGAACAAGGCUAAUAAUCAGUAACAUAAUGACAUGCAUUAAAGCUGACAUUAGUAUGUAUAUUUAAAGAUUUUAUUAAAACAAACGCAUGGUAGCUAUUAGAAGAUGUAGUUAGAUUAUUUUGUUGUAUCUACGAAAAAAACCAGUUGUCAUAUAGUUUCGGCGAGUACUGCUGGAGUUAGUGAACUUUAUCAGAUAUGAUACUUCAGAUUUUGUCAUAUUAUAUGUGAAUAAAUGUGUAAUCAUAUGGAAUAUUACACAUGAA